AUGACCUCGCCUGCUGCCUCAGUACCUUCGUCUCCUGCUACUCCUGCCUCUCCUGCUUCCUUCUCCGUCACAAACGACCAAGACCUUGCCAAUCCUGUCAAUGCUGACCCUAACUCUCCCGCUGCUGCCAAUGCUCCCUCAGCUGCUGAUUACGAUCCGACCAUGGAUAUGCAAGAAGACAGGAUCAACGCCCGUCUCUCGGCCGCUGCCCGUCACGAGACAAAGGAUCAAGACACCAAGUCCGACAGCACUACGACUGCUCCUCCUCAUCGAUCUGCUCAAUCCAGGGAACUAGACAUGUUCGCAGACGAUGACAACGACGACAUGUUUGCUCCCGAGCCUGUUUCCGGUCCCAAGAAGGAAGAUGGCACUCAAGCCGUGCGCGUCCCUGAGGCAAAGCAACUCGAUCGCAGCCUGCUCGACGACUGGGACGACCCGGAAGGCUACUACCGCAUCAUUCUGGGUGAGCUCCUCGACGAUCGCUACCAUGUCCAGACCAAUCUAGGAAAGGGUGUAUUUUCUGCCGUCGUUCGUGCUCUCGAUAACACCACCAAUCGCACUGUCGCCAUCAAGAUCAUUCGUACGCAAGAAUCCAUGUAA